AGUGGUAGCGCGGGGACUGGCUGGGAAGCGGGCGGUCGAGUGUGUCCUGUGUGGACGCGGAUCCUGCCCGAAGCCGGGCGGAGGAGAGCUAAAGCUAAGAAUCUUCUCAACCCUGGCCCUUUGAAGCCAAAGACUAAUGUUUAUUUUUCCAUCCCGGUACCAUGAACUUGGAUGAUCAGCCCAUGACCUAGAUCUCUAGACAAAAUAAAACGGGAAAUUUGCGAGAAUCAAGAAUGAUGGAUCCAUGUUCAGUUGGAGUCCAACUUCGUACUACAAAUGAGUGCCAUAAAACCUACUAUACUCGUCACACAGGUUUUAAGACUUUGCAAGAAUUGUCAUCAAAUGAUAUGCUUUUACUUCAACUUAGAACUGGAAUGACACUUUCUGGGAACAAUACAAUUUGCUUUCAUCAUGUAAAAAUUUACAUUGACAGAUUUGAAGAUUUACAGAAGUCGUGUUGUGACCCAUUUAACAUACACAAAAAAUUAGCCAAAAAAAAUUUGCAUGUAAUUGACUUAGAUGAUGCCACUUUUCUGAGUGCAAAAUUCGGAAGACAGCUUGUACCUGGUUGGAAGCUUUGUCCAAAAUGCACACAGAUAAUCAAUGGAAGCGUGGAUGUUGAUACUGAAGACCGCCAGAAAAGGAAACCUGAGUCAGAUGGAAGAACUGCUAAAGCUUUGAGGUCACUACAAUUUACAAAUCCAGGAAGGCAAACUGAAUUUGCUCCAGAAACUGGUAAAAGAGAAAAAAGAAGGCUUACAAAAAAUGCAACCGCUGGUUCAGACAGACAAGUGAUACCAGCAAAGAGUAAGGUCUAUGAUAGCCAAGGUCUCCUGAUUUUUAGUGGGAUGGAUCUCUGUGACUGCCUUGAUGAAGAUUGCUUAGGAUGUUUCUAUGCUUGUCCUGCCUGUGGUUCUACCAAGUGUGGAGCUGAAUGCCGCUGUGACCGCAAGUGGCUGUAUGAGCAAAUUGAAAUUGAAGGAGGAGAAAUAAUUCAUAAUAAACAUGCUGGAUAAUCUGUGGUACCAAACUAUGGGGCCUUUAAAGGUCAUUAUUUCUAAAAUUCUGUUACUCGAAGAUACAUUUUAAGCUUGAUUGUCAUAUGACAAAGAUUUUAAAACCACCUCAGUGUGCCCUAAUUUUUCAUCUUGGGUGCUUUAAGAUUCACUAUUUGAUAUAAAUUCAGAUAGGCUGUUUUUCAGCCUAUUAAGCCUGUCUGGAUCAAUAUUAACAAGUAGGGUGUAGACAGUCCUCUAUUUGCAUGUUUCCCAUGGGCACAAAUUUCAGUGACCUAGAUUUCGUUUAAACACCAGUUUCCUUACCGGGAAGGAAAGGAAACUGGUAAGGAAACUGUUGUUAAAAUCUAGGUUAAAAUUUUAGUUAGCACAGUAUAACUCUUGAGUAAUUACAUGAAGUACAAACUUCUCUGCUAGUUCUUCAGUCUACAAAUUGCUGUGUAAAUAACAGAUAUACUUCAUGAUUAAUGACCAGUCAUGUUGACUACUUUCAGAUUCUUCCAGUGGUUUGUCCCUGUGUAUCUGUUAUUCAGUUCACUUACAGCAGGGCACGUAGUUAUGCUGUCUCUUUGUCGUCCACUUGACAUUUUAUAGAAGUGAACACUCAACUGGCCAACAAAGAUGAAAGCGCAGCAAAGCAAUGAAAAAUGAUAACACUGGAAGUGAAAUUUUAAUCAAACAUAAAUGAAUUUGUAGAAGAAGUCACUGACCAUGGGAAUAUUGUUCUUGCUGCUGUGCAUUCAUAGGAGCUUAAUGAAGGCAAACUUAUCAACACAAAUAAGAAAAGUGAUUGCAAUAAAGACAAAUAUGUCCCAGAGGAAGUGAUGGUUAAAAAAAAUAAAAUUAAAAAAAAAAAACUUGACAUUCAAGGAUAUUUAAUGUGAAUAUAGAAAUAUUUCACAACAUUGAAAGCACAAGCAAUAAAAGGGUGGAAGCUGACCCAAACUUAAAAGAAGUAUGAGUUUGCCAUGAACAUAAAAGAUGCUUACUCAGUAUCAUAAGUUACUUGCCAGUAAAAAAGGCAAGCCCUAUUCAAACUACUUCGUUUUUACAAUGAAAUAAAACACUUUAGUUCUAUUUCUAAUGUUUUAAAUUACAGUGUACUAAAUAUUUUUAAACAUUUUUGCAUUUUUUUCCUACAUUUAUAACUGAUCUUAAGAAUUUUUAAUAUUUUAGCAGAAUCUUAAAGGUCAUGGAACAGUCAUCAUUUUCCCCAUUGAUUAUUAAGAUUUCAGGGCCAUUUUAUGGUCCCACAGUACCACGCAAAAUGAGGAUCGCUUGUAGCUGGGAACAAUGCUUGCUUCAGGGAAAACUGAUUUUGAUAGAACCAACUAGUUGAGUAUUAAACUGUUUUGGAAAUAAUUUGUAUAUCUAAGUGCUGAACUAUAUUUCUCUUCUCCCCACUUACUCAAAUAAAUAAAAUUUUAAUACUGUAAACCUUUCAUUGUUUGUACCAUGCACUCUUCAAAAUUGUUCUAGGGGACAAAAACUUUAUGUAUAAAGCAUGAAUAUAGACACAGUACUUAAACAGAUACUAUAUUUAUGGUAUUAAAAUUUGGGGGGUGGUUGAUUAGGAUUAUAAAAAGACUCCUUAGUGAUGAUGGAAAAGAGAAACACUGGUUAAUACAGAGUAUAAAUAAAUUUUUUGGAAAUUGAUU